AAAGCAAAAGCAGUUGGUGUCAGUAUCGUAAACAUGGCGAAUAGGCAUUUGGCAAUUGGUGGUUGCUUUAGAAGAAAUGUACAUGAAUGCAUUGAGAGAAAACCGGCUCAAAAAACGUCAAACGGAGACGAUUAUAGUACAAUAUUUUCAUUUUUAUGAACACUAGAACCGUUUUGCACAAUUACGUAAAUAAAAUUUGCAAUUUCAAAAUAGUGUAUUUUGGGUAAAUAUCAAAAUAGGAGUGCAUGGGGAGAAAAAAUCGAACAUUUAUAUCAGCGUUUUUGAUGUGUACUUGACGAUUUGUGGCGGUUCGGAACGUGAGAGUUGAUGAACCGUUUUGUGAAACGUGGGUGGCCCGUGUGUUAGUACCUGUUAGCUUCAGGGACGUUUUUGUGUUCUAAAGAGCCAGGGAAGUGUAAUUUACAAAACAACGGCACCGUAAGAAGGCAGAAUGAAUGCAUUCAGUCUGCAGAGGAAUACUACAGAAUCUAGAGCAGGAGUGGAAAUGUGAUAAGAGCACGCUUGUCAAUGCGUUGGCGGAAAAUUUGUCACAUCAGAAUGGUACUGGGAUGUACAUCUCAGUUUGUCAGCUCUUGAAUCAAAAGCAUUACAUUUACCAUGUUGCUAUGAGCAGGUUGGAGUGUGCAGCCCUGGACAGUACUGUGUGAGGAGGAUGGGUGCAGGGCACCGCCUGCGGGCUUAGCAGCCCCCCCGUCCGCGCCGCUCUGCGCCGCGCCGGGGCCAUGCAGCCGGAGCCCGGCCCCGGCCGCUACAUUAACUCUGUAUCAGAUCUGUACGGAACUGACGAAAUAGAGGUCCUGCUGGAGGAAAUACGCGAACUGGAGCCCACGAGCUAUCGCCCUGACGAGAUCCAGGAUUUUGAAAUAGCUGGUAGCCGGACAGGAACAGGUUUUGGCAGUGCAGUGCCCAUGGAUGGGGGCGGAGGUGAUGAUGAUGACUGUGGCUCACCCAUCAGUGGUACUGUACACUCCUGGGAUUCACACGCUAACUAUCGCCAUCAGCUGCCACGCUCGACUCCCUCUGCUUCCCUGUUCUCUGGUGUUGUGCUAUAUUGUGAUGAAACACACCUCAAGUCAUCGACAGGAGUGGUCCGAGUACUGCUUGUGAUUUCAUCCGUUGCUUGCCUUGCCUGCCUGUGUUCUUCGGGUACAGUGAAAGUGGGACUCUUUAUGCUUCCCUUAAUUGGCCGGCUUCGCCUUAUGAUGUUUGUGACAGUGUUCAGUCUUCUAGUGACGUGUUUGUUUAUUUUCCUGGACAUAUCACAUAUUGUGUAUUUCUUUCCAUUUAACUGGGGAAAAGUGAGAGAAGCAGGACACCAGAAUGGUGCUGGUGGUGAUAGGGCCAGCUGUAACCAGGCUGGUAAUAAGAGUCACUGCAUUGAGGUGUACAGUGAUGCUGUUGGUAGUGAUGGAGCCAGCCAUAGUGGAGUCAGGAGGGCCGGCCACAACAGAGUCCAAAAGUACGACAACCAGGCAGUGCAGAAAGGUGGAGACAAUGGAAGGUGUGAGGAGCAGGCAGAGGAGACUGACUGCAGGCACAUUUGGGCAUGGCGGGACCAGACUGUGCAUACGUCAGGUGACACUUCCGUGAGGGAGGCCAGCCAUGACUGCAUCCCCCUGGCAAAGUCACAGGAGGAUGGUACUGGCAUCAGGCUUGCAGCCAGAGAGGGCAGCAGUUGGCGAGCCGACCCUCAUGGACCAGUGUCAGGAGGCUUGGCAUCACUAGAGCAGGUUGUGCUGGAGUUGCUAACAGGUGUACUGGUGGCAUUGGAGCUGGAGGGGUGGAGGUGGCGCCAGUACCAGCUAGAGAGAUUAUUGCAUCAGCAUCAGAAGGGCAGGCAGUUGGCACUGGGAUACGUCUGUGCUCUGGAAGCGCUCUUCCUGUCCAUCAUCACCCGCUGCAGGUCGCCUCCCUACAGGCCUGUGGACGAAGAUCCCAGCCAGGUGACUGCCCUGCAGGAAAGACCGACCUCUCCUGCAAGGCUGGUACCAUCACCCCCACCAUCACCUCACUGGGCAGAACCUUCCACGUCUGGUCUGCCCGGACCCUCACCGGCACCCGUCGACGAUGACAGAGUUCGACCGUGCUCAUCCAAAUAUUUGGACAUGUACUCUGUCACACGAUAGCAAUCACGAGCAGCA